CCUGAAAACUGUGACAAGGUGGCCACUGCUUCGAGAAGAGCCAGUGUUGACUGUGAGCCUGAUUGAGACUGUCUCUGGAGUGGACAUAAAAAAAAUAAACCAUCUGAGUGUGUUCAUCUCGAACGAGAGGCUGCAAUAUGGGGAUGGGGGUUGGAGUGUUCUUUCUUGUAGCAACAUGUUGUUACAUGUUUGCUGAAGCCAUUCCAGUUGAUUCAGCUUUAAGUAAAGAACUCGAAUCUGUUAUUGAACAAGACGACAUUGUGUUCACUUUAAAACACAUUAAACCGAAAAGAAGAUCGCGCCAUCCUGAAACGUUAUUUUCAGUCGAGUUCCCCGGCUCUGAAAAUAAGUUCUCGUUUUUACUGGAUAGGAUCGACAAAAACGUUAUAAUAGAAACGAUUGAGAAUGGUCGCGAUAGAGUCCAGCAGUUCACAGUUGACACUCUAGAAGACGAUUCAGCAAUCCGUUCGAUGAUUCUUGCGGUGAACCAGAAGCAGCCAGGAGCGCAAGUGACCUUGUACAUCAAUUGCGUAUCAUACGGUAUGGUUGCAACGCCGAAAACGAUGCGAGAAAUGUUUACCAAGAUGGACAAUCCCCACGUGCAACUGUUCAGAGAAAAAAAGCAUCACCUCUCAAUCGAAAAACACACAAACAUCCAUAAAAUUUUCACUGAAAACCACUGCCCACCCAGCAUAAUCAACACCCACACAAAACGCAAUCUCGACUCAAUGUUUGAUUUGGCACCCACCAAAAACGACUUAGAAUUCGAUCACAACGUUCAAGCUCAACAACCAAUCGUUACUAGUUUUAGAGGCGACAUCGAUCUAGUCCAUAACGAAGAUAGUAUUUUAAAAGCGUUAAAUGAAUUGAUUAUUUCCGUUAAUCGAAUGAAUCAUAACAUGGAAACUCAAACUAAAACGAUUCAACAGCUACAAGAUUUCUUUAGGGAAUGUGAUAUUUGUAGCGCCUCUAAUAUCGAAAGACCAAAUUGUAGAACUCACCCGCCUAGAUGUGCGCAUGGUGUUGAGUGUGUAGACACUAAUGAUGGUCCAAGAUGUGGGCAAUGUCCUCAUGGAACGAUUGGAGAUGGUUAUACUUGCAAACCUGGGUAUACAUGUGCCCAAAGACCUUGUUAUGAAGGAGUUCGUUGUCAUGAUACUGCUGAAGGUGCUAGAUGUGGACAAUGCCCUCCGGGAUAUACCGGCGAUGGGUUCCAUUGUCAAGAAGAAAAUACUUGUUCGAGAAGAAAUCCGUGUUUUAGUGGAGUUGAAUGUUACGAUACACCUUCAGGACCGAGAUGUGGAUCAUGUCCUUCCGGUUAUUCCGGAGACGGUAUACAUUGUUCAAGAGAAAAUGCAUGCGAUCGAAAUCCUUGUUAUGCCGGUGUUGAAUGUCACGAGACCCCAUCUGGUGCUCGAUGCGGUCCUUGCCCAAGAGGUUACACUGGAAAUGGUUACAUGUGUCAUCCAGAUGGAAGUUGUGCUUGGAAUCCUUGUUUUGAAGGUGUGGAGUGUCGAGAUACGGGUGCUGGAGCUGAAUGCGGCCCAUGUCCUCGAGGCUAUAUAGGAGAUGGUCGUCAAUGUCGACCUGGAAAGAAAUGUUCUGAUAGGCCCUGUUUUGAAGGGGUUAGGUGCCACGACACCGAUCAAGGAGCUAGAUGUGGACCUUGCCCACCCGGUUAUGAAGGAAAUGGGGAAACUUGUAGAAAGGUUUGCGACCUAGCCAGGUGUCAACAGGGUACCAGAUGUGAACCGACAACGACACCUCCUUAUUACAAAUGUGUGGGAUGUCCUCAAGGAUUUAUCGGAAACACGACUCAUUGUAGAGAUGUUGAUGAAUGUGACCUUUACGAACCUUGCGAUCAAAUGGUAGAAUGUCAUAAUCUUAGUCCCGGUUACGAAUGCGGUCCUUGCCCACCUGGUUACACGGGAAGUUCAGGAUUUAGAGGAUCCGGACCAGAAGAUGCUAGAAGACAUAGACAAAGAUGUUACGAUAUAGAUGAAUGUGCUGAUGGUUCUAGAAGAUGUCCUCCAAACGCUGUUUGUAGAAAUCUCGAAGGAUCUUAUGAAUGCGUUGGAAGAGGUGAUAAUUUCUGCGCGGAUGGAACUCAAUGUAACGAAAACGCGGUUUGUUCUUACGUUGGAUACAACCGCUACGUGUGUAAAUGCAGAACUGGUUGGGCUGGAAAUGGGCAAUACUGCGGAAGAGAUUCCGAUUUAGACGGAUGGCCUGAUCACCAACUUCCAUGCAAUGACGAGCGAUGCAAAAAAGAUAAUUGCCCCGACACUCCUAAUUCAGGGCAAGAAAAUGCUGAUGGUGACGAAUGGGGUGAUGUUUGUGAUGAGGACGCUGACAAUGAUAACAUCAUAAAUGACCCUGAUAAUUGCCCUUUAGUUCCAAAUCCAGAUCAAAGCGACACAGAUGUGGGUGGAGGUGAUAAUCAAGGAGACGCCUGCGAUAAUUGCCCGACAGUUCCAAAUCCAUUCCAAGAGGAUAUGGAUAACGACGGCAUCGGAGAUGCUUGUGACGAUGAUAUGGAUGGAGAUGGUGUUGAAAAUUACAGAGAUAAUUGCCCAAAAAAGCACAAUCCCGAUCAAGGAGAUCGUGAUAAUGAUGGAGUUGGCGAUCUUUGCGAUAAUUGUUUAAUGAGACGAAAUCCCGAUCAAACUGAUAGGGAUGGAAAUUUAGUUGGUGAUGCUUGCGAUACUGGAAGAGACACCGAUUUUGAUGGAAUAAUCGAUCAAAGAGAUAAUUGUAAACACAUCCCAAAUAGUGACCAACAAGAUAUUGAUGGGGAUGGAAUAGGAGAUGCUUGCGAUAACGACAUCGAUGAUGAUGGAGUACCAAACAACAAAGAUAAUUGUAUCUUAAUGCAUAAUCCAGAUCAAAAGGAUUCCGACAAUGACGGAAAAGGUGAUGCAUGCUCCGGAGACAACGAUGGUGAUGGUGUUCCAGAUUUAAUCGACACAUGCCCAAACAACACCCACAUCCACAGAACCGAUUUCAGUACAUAUCAAACCGUAGUUCUCGACCCCGAAGGUGAAGCUCAAAAAGAUCCUAAUUGGAUCAUUUAUAACCGAGGUGCCGAAAUUGUUCAAACAAUCAACAGCGAUCCAGGAUUAGCUGUUGGAUACGAUUCGAUUGGCUCCGUUGAUUUUGAAGGAACCUUUUUUGUUGACACCGAAAUAGAUGAUGACUACGUUGGAUUCAUCUUUAGUUAUCAAAGUUAUAAAAGAUUUUACGCGGUUAUGUGGAAAAAGAAUUCACAAACGUAUUGGCACGCUUCGCCAUUUAGGGCGGUCGCUGAGCCUGGAAUUCAAAUUAAAUUGAUCGAUUCGAAUACUGGACCCGGCGAAAUGCUUCGAAAUUCGUUGUGGCACUCUGGAAAUACAACCGGUCAGGUUAAUCUUCUUUGGAAGGAUCCGAAAAAUAUCGGAUGGAGUGCUAGAAAAUCUUAUAGAUGGUUUUUGAUGCAUAGACCAAGAAUUGGGUUGAUUAGGCUUAGGAUUUUCGAAGGUGAUAGGAUGGUUUCUGAUUCCGGAAACAUUUUUGAUUCAACUUUAAGAGGUGGCCGAUUGGGAGUUUUGUGUUUUUCGCAAGAAAUGGUUAUAUGGUCAGAUUUAGUGUAUAAAUGUAACGAUAACGUUCCAGCCAGCGUUUAUAACGAAUUACCUCACGAUUUAAGAAAACACGUUCAAUCGGAAUGAUAAAUUUUUAAUUAAAACAAUCUAUACUUAAAUUAAUAAUUUCCUUUGUAUUUGAUAACAUUUGAUUUG